UUGCCUUGUUGCCCAUGUACAGUAAACCCAUUUCUUCAGGGCCCAAUUGGGCUUUGUCGGUCAUCUCUAGCUACCUUAUCUAUCCAAAAUCCAAUCCAUAUGCUUCUCUUCUUCACUGGUUUAACCUAAAUUUUUGGCCACCAGUAGAGUGAAGGUGGCUGCUGGUGUCCGGGAACGAAGAUGGAAGAGAAAGUUAAGAUUUUAGCAUUCAUCGGAGCUGGAGCUCUAUUGGGUUCUGCUGCUACAAUUGCUAUCUCAAAGCUUCUUUCCGAUCCACUGCCAAUAAACAACCAAAGUGUUGGAAAAGGGUAUACAAGUGAGGCAGUACAAUCAAAUGGGCUUUCUGGAUCCAAAUGUAAUGGAUUGGCUACUCCAAACCCGUUGACUGAUGAAGUAGUUUCUGAACAACUGACCAGGAAUAUACAGUUUUUUGGCCUUGAAGCCCAACAGAAAGUGACUGCAUCAUAUGUUGUGGUAAUUGGUCUUGGAGGAGUUGGAAGUCAUGCUGCAUCCAUGCUUCUGAGGUCAGGAGUUGGUAGGUUACUUCUUGUGGAUUUCGAUCAGGUGUCGGUCUCCUCAUUAAAUAGACAUGCUGUUGCCACAAGAGAAGAUGUUGGUACCUCAAAAGCCUUGUGCCUCAAGAAGCACUUCCAAUCAAUUUUUCCAGAGUGCCACAUAGAUGCUAAAGUUAUCUUAUAUGAUUCAUCGUCUGAAGAAGAAAUUCUGUCUGGCCACCCUGAUUUUGUCCUUGAUUGCAUUGAUAAUAUCGACACAAAGGUGGCACUUCUCGCUGCAUGUGUUCGAAGAGGUUUGAAAGUUUUAUCUGCAACUGGAGCUGGCGCAAGGGCUGAUCCAACAAGAAUUCGCGUGGCUGACUUAAGAGAGUCUACCAAUGACCCUCUAUCUCGAGCUGUAAGACAUCGUCUGAGAAAAGAUCAUGGUAUUGAUGGUGGCAUUCCUGUGGUAUUUUCUCUUGAGAAACCAAAGGCAAAGUUGCUUCCCUUUAAAGGGCCAAGCGGAGAAGAAGAAAAUCCUUCAGAUUAUCAAAUAGUGCCUGGAUUUAGGGUCCGGAUCAUUCCAGUUCUGGGGACUAUACCUGCAAUUUUUGGGCAAGUCAUGGCUUCCUAUGUUGCAACUCAGCUAGCUGGAUUGCAAGUCCAUAUGGAACCAGUGGUGAAUUUUGAUACGGAUCACUACGAAAUCCUCCAUCAACGCCUUAUUGAGCAUGAAGAGUUGCUAUAUGGUACAUCCAUGCAAGUGGAGGUAGAUGUUGAAGAAGUUGUGUACAUUGCCAAAGAGUUGUGGCAUGGGAGAAGUGCAAGGGACCUAUCCAUUAAAGAUGUAGGGCGAGCAAUGUGGCGUUCAGUGAAUGAGUUGAUGCUUGUGAGGUGGGAUAAAACAAAGCCUGCCUCAGUUUCAAAUCUAAUCCUGCUAAGAUUCAAGGAGGCUGACGAACACGAGUCAAGGUCACUGGAAGAUAUAAAGGAAGAAGAACCAGAUUUUUUUGUUAGGGUGACAACUGUGCUGAAGCGAGCAGAACUGGAGUUUGGCUUUUAAGAGACAUACGUAUCCCACCAGCUAUAAGAGCAGUCUGAUUUGAGAUUCAUUUCAGGUGCAUUAGGAAACCUGAAAAUCACCCACACGCAGAAGUAAAACUCAAAAGCUGUCUGAAGUGGAAAUCAUCAAGGUUUUGAGCCUCGUUUCUUUCUUGAUGAUAUUUAGAAUACUUUAAGGAGCAAACAACUUGGAAGUAGCUGAACACUUUGACCAUAUCAAAAGCUUAGCUAGGGAUUUCUUUUUGUUGUUGCAGAGGGGUUGGAGUGAUGGAAAUGUGGGACAUAGAAUUAUUUCAACACUUCUAUUUUUGGUAUCUGUCUGAAAUUUCAAAUGUCAAUCCUCAAAAUGAAGGCCAACUUUGAAGAGUUGCAAGUUCUUGAUUUAGGAGACAACACUUUUAACGGCACAUUCCUCAUGUGAUUGGGAACUCAGCCAGAGCUGCAAGGUUUAGGUUUGAGAUCAAAUAAAUUGUGUAGAUCCAUUAAAAACUUCAAGAAUUGAAAAUAUGUUUCCCCAACUUCGAAUUGUAGAUCUAUCUUACAAUAUCUUUUUGGGAAACUUACCAACGAGUUUGUUUCAACAUUUGAAAGCUAUGAGGUCAGUUGAUUAGACAAGGAAAUUACUAAAAUAUCUCGGAGAAGGAAAUUACCAAGUUUGGACAACAGUUGCAACCGUGGGCUUGAAUUUUGUCAUAAUUUUGACGGCUUGCAUCAAUAUUGAUCUUUCAAGUAACAUAUUUGUAGGGCAUAUGUCAAGUAUUAUGGGAAAUGUUAUUGUAAUUCACACGUUGAAUAUAUCUCAUAAUGAAUGCAAUGUCAUAUACCAUCAACACUCGGAAACUCAAAUUGAGGUUAAAUCUCGGAGUGAUGAUGGUAUAUGACCUUGCAAUUCACUAUGAGAUAAGUUCAACGUGUGAAUUGCCAUGAGAUCUCCCAUAAUGCUUGGAAUAUGCCCUCAAAUUUGUUUCUUAAAAGAUCAAAAUAUUGGUUUAAGCAGUCAAAAAUUCUAACAAGUUCAAGCUCCAGGCUCCUGCUUACAAUUGUUAUCUAAUUUUUGGUAAUAUCCUUCUCCAAGAUAAAGAUGUUCUAGUACUUCAUUAUUUGAUCAAUUUGACAUGACUUUCAAAUGUUGAAACAAACUCGUAGGUAAGUUUUCCGAGAAGAAAUGUAAGAUAGAUUUAAGAUUCGAAAGUUGGGGGGCAUGUUGUCAAUUUUUUGAAGUUCUAAUGGAUCCAUGUAGUUUAUUUGAUUGCAAGUUUAAAACUUGCAAAAUUCCAACCACAUGAGGAAUGUGUCAUUGAGGUGAUUAUCUCCUAAAAUCAAAAACUUGCAACUCUUUGCAAUUGCCUUUAAUUUUGAGGAUUGUUUCCUUUCAUUACAGAAGCUUACUUAGUGUGAAGUAGAAUUGAAGUUGGUUCAUGUUUAACUAUUCUUGUAUGGAUAUAUUAAUGAUUCUGAGUGACUAUGCUCAUAAAGAUCUCAGACCUAUUUCUUGUUGCAUUAA